AUGGGCAUAGUGGUAGAGGAGAAGAGAACGACCGACUGCUACGAGUUCACGUUUUUCCGGGUCCUCAACGUGGCAAACACCGCAGAGACAGCGGAGCUCGUCGAAUUCUUCAAGAAGAUCGGCCACACCCAGUUCAAGGCCGCCGAGACCGCAAAGAACCCGAAGAACGCGGCGACCCUCCGCGCCAUCGCCGACGGCCACAAGCUCACCGACCAGCCCCCGGACGAGGGGCUGGCUGUGCUCCUCGCCACGCUCACUGUGCAGAGCGCGAAACUCGGCGAGGCGGAGCGCAAGUAUGCCAUCGGCGUGGUUUCCGACGGCCGGCUCAAGUCGACGGACCAGGUCUCCGGUGAGUGGCUUGGCAAGUCUGCUACGAGCGAGGCGGAACGCGUGCUGAAGAGGGAGGCGACGCCCUCAUUUGCAAAUUGCACAUAA